AGCUGUUUAUGAGGUCAGCUCGGCAAGCACGUGUGUCAGACAGUGAUAACCUUCAUCCUUCCAGGUUUUACACACAUCCACUGGUUCAACGUGUGAGGUGAGCUGUUGUCGAAUAAUACAAGAUUGAUUUCACGUGGUGUAAAACACAAUAGAGAAAUGUCGUCAGACUACUUGACGUCACUAGGAAUUACGUCAUGCCUACUUUAUCUGACGCUUGCGAUUUUAAUCUACUUUUGGCUGACGUCCGAAAAAGAGCCCCAAAAUCUUCCACCAACCCCAGGCAUUGAGCUGGCCUUUAUCGGACACUUGUACCUGCUAAAGAAAAACCCCAGGCAACAGUUUCUUCGCUACACUCAAACCCUUGGUCCAAUUUUCAGGCUCAAAAUGGGGAGCUGGACGACCGUUGUGUUAAAUUCGUUUGAUGUUAUUAAAGAAGCGACGGUCAAGCAAGGUGAAUAUUUUUCUGACCGGCCGAACUUUGAAAUUCUUAUCAGUAAGUUCCCUCACUUGUACGACGGUAUUGUCAUGUCCUCUGGUGCUAGAUGGAAACAGAUCCGAACAACAUCUUUGGCAAUACUCAGGUCUUUUGGCAUGGGUAAAAAUAUCAUGACAGAACAUAUAGCAAACGAAGUCGCAGCUUAUGUCAAAGAACUCGAAUCCACUAAAGGUAGACCGAUAAAUGUAAAAAUACUAACUAAUAUGAGUGUCGCUAAUGUUAUUUGUUCCGUGAUUUUCGGUCAAAGAUUUGAGAUAACUGAUCCAAUAUUUUUAAGGUUGAUAGAAAUGUACGACCAUGUUCUUGGGGAAUGUGCAGGAAUUAACGCUGUUGUUGUGCUACCGGUGUUACGUCAUUUGCCGUUUGACGUGCUGGGAUACAAUAAAUAUGCAUCGACAGUCAUGGAAAUAAAUUCUGUGAUCAAGCAUUUGGUGCAAAAAGUAAGAGAUCGGAGCACCAACGAGGCAGAUAAUUUCGUAGCGGCUUACGUUGAGGAGAUGAAAAAAGCUGAACAACUUGGGGAAUCAACGUAUCUAGAUGAAGCAAAUCUAAUCGGAUGUAUUGAUAAUCUUUUUGCUGCAGGGACAGAGACCACCAGCACUACCAUCUUAUGGAGUCUGUUGUAUGUCUUACAUAAUCCAGAAACACAGAAAAAAAUCUUCAAUGAAAUUAUGGAACAUGUAGGUACUGAUCGUGCACCGAAUAUCUACGAUAAACCAAAGUUAAAGUAUUUGAACGCUUUUAUAAUGGAGACACAGAGGACUACUAGUCUGCUACCUCUUAGUCUUCCACACGCUUGUAAUCAAGACACUGUUCUCUUGGGGUUUAAUAUUCCUAAAGGAACCCAGAUACUGAUUAAUCUCGACUCUGUUCUAAGAGACGAGAAAAUCUGGGGACAUCCUGAGAAUUUCCGACCAGAAAGAUUUCUGGACGAGCAAGGAAAUUUGAUAAAGAGAGAAGAGCUCAUACCGUUUUCUAUGGGUCGCAGAAUUUGUCUUGGGGAAUCCCUGGCUAAGAUGGAACUUUUCUUGUUCCUGUCGUCCAUGUUUCAGAGGUUCGAGUUCCUGCCUGUUGACCCAGAUCAUCUUCCUACUUUAAAUGAGAUUUUUGGAACAACUACUGCACCCAAUCCGUACGAAAUCAGAUGCGUGGACCGACAAAAAUGCUGAUUUUAAAACAAUGUUUAAUGUUAAUAUUUCUAUUUCGGCGAAAUGACAAUCGAUAAAAUAAACCCAAAGAUAACAUAUAUCAUGUUUAAGUCUAAUUUGACCUUAAUUUUUUGCACAGUUUCUGGUUACAUUUUUCGUCUACCCAGUGCUUUGUAAAGCAGUUUUUGUCUUUACUUAAAUUAGUGUAAUUAAAUUAAAAUGACAUUUAUAACAAACUUUAUUUCAGCACUAUAAGAAGAAAAGAAAAUUACCUGUUAACAAUAUUUGUUUAAAAAGACCUUUUAUUUUCUUUUUAGUGC